CACACCAGCGGAGGAACGCUUGGUCAUGAUGAAUUUAACGUGCAACAGACCCCCUUACACGACGGUUCUUCGGUGGAAUCGGGACAUGGACCUGAAACCCUCCGGUUCCGAAGCCGAGACCUUACCACCAGGCCACCGCGGCCCCUGUAUAUUGUAUGGAAAGUGGUCUACCAAAACGUUUCAGAAUAUGCUGAAUAUACCUUUACGCAACUUUUGGGUGCGAUGGAAUCGUUGGAAAACUGCACUUCAUUCGGAGGAGCCUGGUUAGAUCCAAAUGGAACGUAUUUCAAUACGACUGUGUGUCAAGAAGUAAACGAUGUUGAAACGGAAUGUCGUUGUGAAUUUGUCAAAAAUGUCGCUGACUGCGAUCCUGGAAUGGGCUAUGUUCAGUACACGGAACACAUGUACUGUCUUUUUGGACCUCAUGGAGUACCUUCUGUUGUUGCAAUGAGUGUGGUUUGGCUGUUAGUGCUCUUUGCUGGUCUAGGAGUAACGGCUAAUGAAUUCCUUUGUCCUUCACUUUUCAUCAUUUCAAAGACUCUGAAGAUGUCACAGAAUGUAGCUGGAGUAACGCUUUUAGCGUUUGGAAAUGGAUCUCCUGAUAUUUUUUCUGCAAUAGCCGGUAUUCGACAAAAGAAAACCGAAAUGGUUAUAGGUGGUCUUAUAGGUGGCGGAAUAUUUACAACUACAGUAGUCGCAGGUUCAAUCUUCUUGACUCAAAAUUUUGGCAUGAUGAAGCGACCAUUUUUAAGGGAUGUGGCCUUUUACCUGGUUGCAGCUGCAUCAGCAUUUUAUCUGUUCUUUUCUAGACAUAUCUACAUUUAUCACGCCAUUGCCUUUGUCCUUCUGUAUGUAGUUUACAUCAUUGUUGUUGUGACAAGUAGAUAUAUCCAUCAGAGACACUUAGCAAACUCUGAAAAAGCAGCAGAAGCAGCAGCCAGUGGUGAAAAAGCGAUGAAAAUUACUGGAACCAGAGCAGCUGAUUAUGACAAUCCUGAAGCCUACGGUGUGGUGUUGACCGCUUUUUUCAAAUACUCUUGGGAAGAAGACAGGAGACGAAACACUCUUCAUCAUUUCUGUUAUGACAACGACGUCUUUGCCAUCUCAUUACCCAGGCUUGACGAGGAAGCACCACCCCCAAGUUAUGAUGAAACUCAAGUGAAACAAUACAGAGCUAACAGUACAUGCUCCCCCGGUUGCAAUUACUACCAAUCAGAAAAGUGUGAGAAAGUACCGCCUCCAGAACCAGUUGACCAAUGGAAAGAUUUCUUCGAGAAGAUAUGCCCAGUUAAUAUUCAAGAAUGGUCAAAACAAACAUGGAUGGAAAGAAGCUUGGAUAUUUUAAAAGGACCUAUAAUGUUUCCCCUUAUACUGACAACACCUGUAGUUGACUACAAAUCACCAAGAGAUAACUGGUGCCGUAUUCUCAACUGUCUUCAUCUCGUCACUGGACCACUUUUCAUCACUUUUGCAAUUGGAUUUGGCACUACAAUGAUUGGUGGCGCUUUCCCAGCUAUAGUCUUAGUUUUAAUUAUAAGUGGUAUUGGUGCUGGUCUUGUUUAUUACUUUACUCAAGCAGAAGUCGCUCCUCGUUUCCAUACAGCAUAUGCAUACAUGGGAUUUGGAGUGGCUGUUGUUUGGAUCUACUGCAUUGCUACUGAAAUCGUAGUCUUACUUCAAGCUGUUGGAGUGGCAUUCAACCUCAGUGAAUCGAUUCUUGGACUCACAAUUUUAGCAUGGGGAAAUUGUCUGCUUGAUUUCUUAUCGAAUCUCGCCGUUGCUAGAAAAGGAUUCCCAAGAAUGGGCAUUGCUGCCUGCUUUGGCGCUCCUUUUCUGACAUUACUACUUGGUGUUGGAGUUCCAUGCAUUAUUGAGCUAAUUGGUGAUGGAGGUGCUGGUAUGGUGCUGAAUUAUUCUCCUUUGACUACCAUAUUAUUCUCCGCCUUGACUGUCAGUCUUCUGUCAUCCGUCGUCGUAAUGAUUGUGUGCCGCUUCCAAACGAAACGUGUUUACGGCAUCUACCUCAUCGGUCUCUACCUCACCUUCUUAAUCAUCGCCGUGUUGAAAGAAUCCAAAGUCUUUUAAACUGUCGUUAUUUUUGUGAAACUUUGCAACUUUAUGACGCCUGAUGUAUCGGGAUUUUUAUUUCACUUUCUGUAGUUAUCGAACAUUCUGGGUGAUAAGAAGGCCCGAUUCGAGGCACUAACUGUAUAUUUGGAAGAGCAUUAAACAUCUCGUGAAAAGAGGAUAGAGCAAAAGCAACAGAAAUUUUAUUGAUUAUGGAAAAGCAAUAUUGAAAUAUUACUUUGCCAAAAGACAUAUUUGAAAUUUCAAGUGAAUUGCAUCCUUUUGAGUAGUUUAUGACUACUUAUAGAUUGAAAUCUCAGGUGAUGUAAUUGGAAAUCGACGAGUCUCUAAGUGACAAAAUUUUAUGAAUAUAAAAUGAAGAGAUCUGUAUUUUUUUAAUGACAAUAAAAGCUUUGUUGCGUUCA